UCACACCAGGCAUCCACGAAAGCGCAGCUCCAACAUCUUCCCCUCCGUGCAUUGGAAAUACUUGUCUGCCAUAAAGAGCUCUGCUGACGGUCCAAGCCGCACACCGCAUACCCCACACGACAGCUGCGAAAUCCGCGACAAUCCACCAUGGCCCCUCCACCGCCCGCAUCGAUGCCGCUGGGCCAGCGCCUCGCCGCCCUCGCCCAAACACUGCAGUUCGCAUGGUUUGCUGGCCAUGUCUCUCUGCUGCUCGCCACCUUCCGCUACAGCUUGUCCUACAUCACCUUCAACUCGGCUUCGAGAUGGGCCGGCUUCUCGUAUCGCGUGGCAUUCCUCUCUGCGUGCGUCACGUAUGGCAUCGUGGUAUACAAGGCAUAUCGCGCCCGCAUGAGGUCAGGAAAGCAGGGUAGCAUCCUUGCUUUGGCUACGGAUGAGAACGUGCAGUACCUAAUCAUGGCGCUCGUCUGGCUCUUCUCCCGCCAGAUCCCGAUGGCUGUGCUUCCCUUUGCCGUCUACUCAGUAUUCCACGUCGCAACCUACGUGCGGUCGAACCUGCUGCCUGCCAUCCAGCCACCGCCGGCUGCAGGCCCACAGGGCGCCAAGCCUAAGCCGUCUGGCGCGUCUGACAUGAUCGGAAGGUUCGUCAAAGAGUACUACGACGGCAGCAUGACGCUCGUUGCCAUUCUCGAAAUUGCCCUCUGGUUCCGCGUCAUGGGCUCUGCGCUCCUCUUCCAGAAGGGCUCGUGGAUCUUGUUCCUCGUCUACACCGUCUUCUUCCGCGCUCGCUAUGCGCAGAGCAGCUUUGUCCAGGGCGCCAUCACCCAGCUGACUGCCCGCAUUGACGCUCAGCUUGCGAACCAAAGCACUCCCCCAGCUGCCCGACAGGGCUGGGGAAUGUUCAAGAACAUCCUCAGGCAAGCGGCUGAUGCGACGGACAUCCGCAAGUAUGUGGGUGGACAGCAGGGCGCCGUGCCCAAGAAAGCGCAGUAAUUGCGUCCGGCUUUGCUUCCAGGCCUAUCUUCAACUUGAGUUGCCAAAUAUGAGUUGGAGGUCUCGAGGCUGGGAAAGCGGACGUCGAUGUUGAAAUUUGGGAUUGGGGUGCCGCGGGCUACGAGAUGCAUGACUCGUUAUCUUGGUGGCAGCGUCAGCAUCCGCCCCACUACCUGCGCAAUGGACAUAUGAACGAGGAGGGGGGUUUAGGUUGGCUGAAUUUGAGCGCCCGUUGGGGGGUGGUGGAGCUCAGGAUUCGAUGGGCACGGGUGCGAAAAGUGACGAAUACACGGGUGCUGUGCAGUGCAGCGGAUGGAGAGG